AUGAUUUUUGUGAUUGAACAAAUGUCGCGUGUCUACGUUGGUAAUUUGGAUCCGCGAGUUACAGAGCGUGAACUCGAGGAUGAGUUUCGUGUCUAUGGAGUGAUCAGGAGUGUUUGGGUUGCAAGAAGACCACCUGGUUACGCUUUUCUUGAUUUUGAAGACUCGAGAGAUGCUCGUGACGCCAUCCGUGAUCUAGAUGGCAAGAAUGGAUGGAGAGUAGAGCAGUCUCAUAACCGAGGUGGCGCUGGAGGCCGUGGAGGAGGCGGUGGUGGUCGUGGAGGUGGUGAUGGUGGCCGUGGCCGUGGUGGUUCUGAUUUGAAGUGCUAUGAGUGUGGCGAGUCUGGUCACUUUGCACGUGAGUGCCGCUCUCGUGGUGGCUCGGGAAGGCGUCGUAGUCCUUCUCCACGUGGUCGCAGCCGUAGUCGCAGUCCAAGAUACAGAAAGAGCCCAACCUAUGGAGGACGCAGGAGUUACAGCCCUCGUGCAAGAUCUCCUCCUCCUCCAAGGCGUCGCAGUCCUUCUCCUCGUGGCCGCAACUACAGUAGGUCACCACCACCUUACAGAGGACGUGAGGAGAUGUGCGCAGAAGCCGUAGCUGAGUGUGAUGGGAGCAGGAUGCGACUGUCUGCUUGUGAAGUCAAGAGGACAGCUUAUGGGGAAAUUAGUAUCUGUGAAAAUUCACUAAGAGAACAUGUUUUAGCUUUUACGGGAUGCUUCUUUAUUGCGUUUGGAUAUGAAGACGUAGUGUUAUCUGCAUUUAGGUUUCUUCGGGUUUCUACUACUGCCUCAUUGCUUAUCUCUGCUUCUCUACUCUGCCCUGAGUCUUCUUCAGUGGCUGAGGGGCUGCACUUCGUUACACUAGCAGUAAAAGAUGACCUGCUUCUGCAAUAUAAUCACCGUUUUGGCUUCAUGUUUGGUUCGUGGAUGAUCAUCGUCUCUUCGCAUCUUGUCUUAUAA